AUGUCUGAAUAGCAAUGGAGUCACAAUGAUACACCAUGCUAUUUCCUUGUUGCAUAGUGCAAACUUCUCAUGUACUUAUGCGAUUUGCAAUCAGAGAGUAGUAAAUUAUGAAUUUUAGUUCAGGAUCUGAAUUUCUCUUGCCGCCAAGUUCCAUCUCCUAUUCUCCUCGACAGACCUCCGUCUUCUCGCAGCAGCACUGUUUCUCUUGGGAUGCUAGUCUCCCAGGCAGUUAGCGUGUCGGAGGAGGAGGCUGAAACGGCUUUAUCAAGAGAGGCAUGGGGAGUUGGUGCUGCAGGGUUUCGAGAUGGAGGAUCAGAGAAGAGAGAUGAUGAAAUAUUGGGUGAUGGCAGAGAGCAACUGCCCUCAGUUUGUGGUAGCACGUUCUUGUGUUUGCGUGGCUUCGUCUGUGAUCACCUCGUUUUUUUACAUCAUUGAUACUUUGGUUCAUGUUCUUGAUGGGACAAGCACGAAUGAGCCAGGUAAGUCACCCUAUGGAGUUUACACCAAGAGGAUUCUAGAUAUUCAGUCCAUCGGGCUGGGGAUGGCUGCAAUUCUGGCUACGUUCAGAUGGUGCACUGUUGUGUUUAGCUGCUCACACUCCGACACUUGGAUGGUUGAAACCUACUGGAUUCAGAUGCUUAACGACUGCAGAAACAGCUCCGCGUGCAUCAAAAUUUGGCCAAACAGAUGGGGCAAAUGUCUUCUUGAUGCAAAAUGGUGUGUGCUAACUCUCUGCAUUGGAGUUCAGAGCUUUAUUGUACUUGCAAGCAAAGCCCUCAUCUUCUUUUCGAGAUUCAUGGUGGCUCCAUUUGUGUUUUGCUUCUCUCACAUCAACAAGUUAGCGAGACGCCAUCAUGAUACAUCACGGGGUGGUGAUGACAUGGAUCUGAACUACCUAAGCAGCUAUGUUCUGUUACUAAAUGGCGAGGUGGAGCUUCCGACAAGGUUUGUGAGAAGCAUGUGCCAAGAGACUGGCGGCAUGAUUCAGAUAGGUAGAGAGAAGAAGCCCUCCAACCUUAUAAAUCUUCUACAAAAAUCUGAUAGCUCAAAUACUAGCCAAAUUACAACCUUAGUUUUAGCUCAUGAUUGUUGGACUCUACAAGUGGUCACUCUCACAAGCAUUGCACUCGCCCUUCCCAACAUCUCCCAGCAUCAACGCAAGCAGUUGUUGAGCAGUGUGAGCGAAGGCCUUUCUCUUGCAAAGAUAGUCGAAAAAGCAUUGGACACAAUUGCAAAACUUAAGAGCAUUAGGAAUGCUGCAAGUGCUACAUGGGUGGAGCUGCUAGUUUACUCCAGGUGGGCAAAGAUUGAUCUCAGAAGUGGAUUUCAACGGUGCCGAAACUGGGAGCAAGUGUUGCAAGAGCUCUCCCAUAAAGCCGAAGAGAUUUUGAUGAAGUUGAAGAGUGAAGAAGUGCAAGAUUCCAACAUGGGAAACACUCUAAAAUGCCAAGCAAGAGAUGUGGCUGCAAACUCAAUGUACAGAAUUUGUGAAACCAUUUUGCUGUCAUCUGGUAAAGUGGUAAAGAGGAAAGGUGUGAGGAAAUGUGGGAGAGAUUAUGUGUGAUGAUUGCAGAUGUUCUGGCAGCGUGUCUCACCAAUCUUCCACAUGCUAUAAUCAAAAUGUGUCACCAGAGUUGCAUUGAGAAGCGAGACAAGACAGUGCGGGAAGCGUUUCUGCUUUUGGGAAAGACGGAAGAAGUUGUUAGAAUUGUUCGACGACAGAAACAGCCAUGUGUAGAUCAUGACAACGAAUCUAUACUUGUGGAUUGUUGAGCUCAUACUUGAAGUUAAUGUAAGAUGAUUUUUGUUUAUUUUUUUCAAGGUAAGGGAGUGAAAGAAGAUGAACAGAGUCAAAUUACUCAGACAACCUUGAUUAAGCACCAUGAAAUUGCAUAUUUCUACAGCACAUAUUGCAAACAAAACAUUUACUGCAAAAUUGCAAAUAAAUAUAUUUGAAUUUGGUUGCCGAAAACUAUCUAACUUUAUAGUGUAUAAGGUAGUUCUAAUAAUGACUUGGCUGAAACGAAUUGAAUAAUAUUUGUGCAGGAAUACCUUCAAAGCAACCCUUUGUGGUUGCAGUAUGUCAAGACUCCUCUGGUGGCAUUAGGAUAUGAGAGUAGCUAACGAUGUCUUUAUAAAAGCACAUGGUGGCAGCCUAUCUCUGGGCAGGCCAAGCCAUCUGUCUUGGAGUUGCUCGGGCCUUGCUCAAGGUCAGUGACAGCCAUAGAUCGCCUCUGAAGCAGGAAGGCCUACCCACCCGGGACUCUGGAGUAUUUGAGAGAAAGAUGCCUGGGCUAAAGAAAGCUAGAAAGCGCCCACAGUUCUCAAAGCGAUAAGGUCAGGAACAUACUUGCACACUCCAUAUACACUCUGUUUAUGAUGUUUAUGCACUAUAUGUGUGGAUAUAUUUUUUCCUAUUUUUUGGAAUAUUUGAGGGCUCAAAGCUUGAAUUCUUGGUGUGUAUCAGCUUGGUUCCUUCCUACACAAGUUUCUGUUUAGGUUGUUAUGUUUCAGUAUUAUUGAUUUGAGUUCUUGAUCA